CAGCUCCAGUCCUCCCCACGCCCCGCCCACCCCCAGUAGACUGGCAGUGGGAAACAACCACACACACACUGGUGGGCGACACUUCAAGUAGGGGUUGAUAGGGAGGGACGGAACUUAGAUAACAAUUUCCUUCGCUCUUCGUCAUCCUCCUCCUCCACCACCUCCUCCUCACACAUGGAUUUCUCUCAGAGGGAGCAGGAGGAGAAAGACAAGCAGAGCUCGUGUUUAUAUCAUAUGAAUGGACGGUGAGUGGUGAGAAGUCCGUGUUUUUUUCUCCGUGAGGGCGGGAGAGACAGGUGAGAGAGAGUCUGUCAGCUGCGUGGAUCAGAUGCUGCUUUGAAAGACGGAGAAGAAAGAGAAAGUCUGUCUGUGCGCACAGAAGACGCGCUGGAUGAGAAGUGGAUAUCCCUGUUUGAUCAUGGAUGGGUGUAAAAUCCAGGGCAUCGGCUGUGUGAUUCCCUGAGUGUUUCAUCUCGAAACAAAGAGAGUGGGUUUGUUAUGCUCAACACUUUGCCAAGUGUCCACGCUGAGGAUCCAUGGCUCUACUGGUCGUCCCGCUGCUCCUCCAUACAGGACUCGUCCUGGGAUCAAACUACGGUUACGUGGAAUGGUCAGACAGUGAACGAGAAGACAAGAACCCACCAGUCGUCAGCACCCAAAACAUCAACAGGGAGCCGCCCCAUCAUCACCCGACCUACCACUCCGUACCAACAACCGUGCGCGCGGUGGUGGCGCAUAAAAUUGAAGAGGACCUGCCGAGGGUGGUGACCGCUUUCCUGCACAGCGGGGAUUCCUCUGCGCUCAGGCAGGUCAACUGCUCGCGGAGGUAUGAGCUGAGCAGCCUGAGGGGCGGCCUACACGUCGCCUCCCACUAUUCCCUGCACACCAUCCUGGACACGGUGGCGCACGCCACGAACUUCCUGAACAUGAUCUUGCAAGCCAACAGGUCCCGUGACCAAACCCCCCGAAGGGACACGCACUGGUACCACGCACUAGUGCAGAGCAUCCUCGAGGGGGACCCCAAAAUCCACAGGGCCGUGGUGACCUUUCACACGGACGCACCGACGCCUGGCCCCCAUUUUUUCCUCCAGGCGACGAGGACCGAGAAUGAGGUGGUGCUGCAGGACCUGUCCAGCAGCGCGCACCGUCUCCUAAAGAGCAGGAGCUCGGAGUCCGACUGGUUCAAUGAGUUCAGGGACGGUAGGAGACCACACUCUCACAGAAGUCUCUCGGAAACAUCGGGCUCCAAGAGUAGAAGUUACUCCCUGGACAAAAACCAGAUCAAGUGGUCAGCGCCCUACCUGGAGUGUGAAAACGGGGCGUUCGUGCCCUAUUGGCUACUGACUUUAUCUGCUGGCUUCUAUGGACUGAAAAACAACUCAGCACCAGACUUUAGGGGCGUUGUUCGUGUGGAUGUGAACCUGCAGGACGUGGACAUUGACCAGUGCUCCAACAGUGGCUGGUUUGCUGGGACUCACCGCUGUAAUCUCACCAGCAUGGAAUGCACACCGAUCAUUGGCCAUGGAUUUGUGUUGGACAAGUACAAGUGCCAGUGCAGGAGAGGAUUCUACCACCCGCGCAGAGUGGCACUCAAUGGCUUUAAAAGUAAACAGCAGUUCUCUCUCAGAGACGAGGCCUCUGACGUGUCAAAUAAGUGCAUGCCGUGUCGCAAGGGUUGCACCUACUGCCAGGAUGACACACCGUGUCUGGUGCUGGAGGACGGUGCUCUGCGGCUCGCCGUAACCUCCUUCCAGGCUCUGUGUAUGGUACUGGACCUGGCCAGCAUGGUGGUGGUCUACCACUUCAGGAGGAACAAGAGUAUCCGCACAUCUGGUCUCAUUCUGCUGGAAGCCAUCUUGUUUGGGGCCUUGCUGCUGUACUUCCCGGUGAUGAUCCUCUACUUUCAGCCUAGUGUGUUCCGAUGUAUCCUCCUGAGGUGGGUGCGCCUCCUGGGUUUCGCCAUCAUGUACGGCACCGUCAUCCUCAAACUAUACAGGGUGUUAAAGGUGUUCCUGUCCCGCACGGCCCAGAGGACGCCUUACAUGACCAGCUGGCGUGUCGUGCGGCUACUGGCAGUGAUUCUGCUGGUGGUGCUGUGGUUCCUCUUGGCCUGGACCUCUGCCGUGUGCCAGAACCCUGAACUGAGUCAUGCCCUGAUCGCUGCAGGCCUCACCCCAGAGGGACUGCAGUUCAGUAUGUGUCUGCUGGACCAGUGGGACUACAUGAUGGCUGUCGCGGAGUUCCUGUUCCUGCUGUGGGGCGUGUACCUCUGCUACGCUGUCCGCACGGUGCCCUCGGCUUUCCACGAACCGCGGUACAUGGCCGUGGCCAUCUACAAUGAGCUCCUCAUAUCGGCCAUUUUCCACAUCAUCAGGUUCUCUCUGGUGCCCGGUCUACACCCUGACUGGAUGCUCAUGUUGUUCUUUGCUCACACUCAUCUGACUGUGACUGUGACUCUGGGCCUGCUGCUUGUUCCAAAGUUUCUUUCUAAAGGGACUCAGGCCAGGGAUGACAUCGCCACUGAGGCCUACGAGGAGGAGUUGGACAUGGGAAGAUCUGGUUCUUACCUCAACAACAGCAUCACUUCAGCCUGGAGUGAGCACAGCUUGGACCCUGAGGACAUACGGGAAGAGCUGAAGAAGCUGUAUGCUCAGCUGGAAGUCUACAAACGCAAAAAGAUGCUCGCAAAUAACCCCCACCUCCAAAAGAAACGCAGCUCCAAGAAAGGCCUGGGCCGCACCCUGAUGAAACGUAUAACAGAGAUCCCAGAGACCAUGCACAUGCACCGCCAGUGCAGUCGUGAGGACGGCAGCGAGCACGGCAGCAACCGCAGCACCUUGAAGAGAAACCCCAUUGAACCAAGUCAUCACGGAAAACCUCUGGAUGACUCCAUGAAGAACAAAGUCAUGGGCUUGACAAAGUCCCUCAGCUAUGAUCACGUGUGUGACCAGGAUGAGGAAAUGGGAAGCCAAAGUGGCUCGACAGCAGGAGACAAUCUGGCUUCUGUUGGUGGCGGCGGAGGAGAGGGAUCUCUUCUGGGUUCCCUCAUCGGCAGGAGACACGCCAAGAAGCAGCAAGAGCCCACCGCUCUGACCCCGCCGAGACUGGAACCAGCCGAGUCCACAGAGUCAGUCCCGCUGUUCUGGAAAUCGGCCAGCGUGCACAACCUAACACACGAGAAGAAACCCGUCCACCUCCGCACCUCCAUUAUGCAGAAAUCUCUGAGCGUGAUCGCCAGUGCUAAGGAGAAAAUGCCUGGACUUUCCAACAAGACGCAGAGUGUGGAGGACGCCAGUAAGAAGGGUUUGAAGGGACAAGAGGGGAGAAUGCUGUCUGAGGUGGACGACAAGCCUGAGCAUUACUCAAAAAUGAUCAUCAGUCAAUCAGUGGAGUACUCCAAGACGCCGAUGAAGAUGGGCAUCAUGAAACAACAGGUGAGUGGCAGCCAGCCAUCCAUCUGCUCUGAGAUUGGGAGGAACCUUUAUGACGUGUCUGAGGUUUGUCCCUGGGAAAUGGAAGAACCGGAGACACCCUCCGAGGCCAAAGCCCAGAAACAUGUUUCCAUCGCUCCUGGAGAAACCACCAGCAGCCGCAGAGGCAGCAGUAGCAGCUCUGGACUCACCAAAGGGAGUCGGUCCCAGCAGAGGCAGAAGACAGGGCAUUCUCCCUCCAACAGGCGUCGCUCCAAAGAUAAAGCGGGAGAAAAAGAUGAGGGAAGGGAAAUGCGGAGAUCCCGGCCUCCUAGAUCACCUCUGCCCCUUAAGCCGGAUGUGUGCCCCUGGGAAUUUGAUGAGCAGCCCAUACUGGGAAGAGAUUCAGAUUCAAUCUCCCCAGACAGGAUCAGACGAAAGAAAAGCGUCACCCCCACUGAGGGUAAAACCAUGGGGCUGCGCUCAGACCACUCUAAGUCCACUGGGAGCCUUUUACAGCCUCCUACUAUGAUGGUAGAAAUCUGCCCAUGGGAUUAUACCAGCCCACCAUCACCGAAACAGGAGAAGACCUGCAACAGCCCCACCACGCACAAAAAGAAACGGAAAGGCUCAUGCUCGUCCAACCACAAAGCAGAGAAGGAGAAGGGGAGGGAGAAAAGCCGAGAGAGGCGGAGCUCCUCCAGUAAGCCGCCGUCAGAGAGGCGAAGGGUCAGUCAAUCAUCGGAGUGCAGUGGGCCGGUUUCUGACAGGCGGAGGAGCUCGACCAGAGACCCAGAGGCGAUGGAGAUUAGGAGGGCAGACGUUUUCUCCCAGGAGACCGAGCCCCGGCACACCAGCUUCUCCCACAAACCUAAAUCCUCACCAGAGAGGAAGCGCUCUUUGAAUAGUGGUUACAAACCUGCUGUCAUCAGUGGCCCAAAAAAAGCCGACGUUUGCCCCUGGGACUUUGAAGACUCUGGUGAGCGAGCAUGAUUGAAUGAUUCUUUUGUAUUCACAGACUGACAGCACACAAGACAAAGCAACUAAAAUGAAUGAUAAGGAUCUUACAGAGUAUUUGAUAUGAAAGAGUAUCUCUGAGUCACUUUUAGCGUAAAAAGAUUUCAGAAGGAAACACUGUCAUCGGUGCACCACAAACAUAACCUUUUGCCCUCUCAACAUGUUGUUGUUACGUUGCUGUGAUUGCAACCUUGAAGUCACUUUAAUGAGUAUUAAUCUGCACUUUUGCUUGCCCGUUUGUCAGUUACAUGUUAUAUGUACAUUUUAUCACACUGAUUCCAUCGAGGCGAUGUGUAAAUGAAUCAUAUUUACCAGCAGAUCCGACAAUCAUUGGUACACACACACACACACAGUAAAUGCUUCACCUGUGAGCGUAAUGAAUAUAGGGGCAUGUUUCCCUGUUAUGCUGAUGAUAGUCUGCGUUUCACAAUAAAUCCUGCCCCACACAAAUCUGACUUGAUUUUUAAAAACGUGGGAAACCACACACACAACCAACUUUGUAACCGAAUGUUUUAAUCGUGAGAAAGCACACACUAGACGAUCCAGUCAAAAACGCAGGACCUCACACUUUUCGAUUCCAGGGAUUUGGGAUCUCACAGAAACGUCAGAAUAUAAACAGAAAUGAAGGUGGACUGUCGGUGUAUCUGUAUGUGAUGUUUUGCGCUGAGAAACACACAAGAGAAACACACACAACUGUGGAUGAAGUCAUGAAGUCAUUCAAAUCAGCCUUAAAAUCCAAAGACACCCACGGUUGUCGGAAGGGUCAGAUCAGGACUGAAUUCUGGCCAAUUUUACUCUAAUGUGGUGUGGGGCAGACAUGAACCAGUGGAGACUUAAUCCAUCAGCUGCUGAUGAGGGAAAAAGACCCCUUUGAUUUAUCCAUGCGCUUUUAUUUGUACAGUUGUCUUUGGACUUCUUGUUGUUUUUCCUUAACCCUGGGUAUUUAGUUAUUUGUGCCUGGGCUUCAGUUCCUAGUGUCCUCUUUUAUUUUUCACUUCUUUCCUGUCCUGUUUUCCCAUUUGAUUGCUGGCCCCACCCUUGUGUGUUUCACCUGCAGUGUUUGAUUAUCCCUGCCUCUCUGGAGUAUGUUCUUGUUGUUGGUUCAUUUGUUUCACUUUAGUUUGUUGCUUUAGCAUUUCCUGUUUUUUUCUCUUUAUGUUUAUGUCUUUGUUAGUUUCUCUCAUCAAAGACCAGUUUUGUUAAUUUUUGCAACAUGUGUACGGAUCCUAAAUAUCUUACAAACGAGCAGGAUCCGUUUGACUGAGAAAUGUGGAUAAAUGAACAUGUAAAGAUUCUCUGUAUGAAGAGUGUCAUUUUUUUGCAUGAUGCAAACAAAUAUGUCAAGCAUCCAGUAACAUAACGUUUAUUGGUUAACUUGUACUACGAUAUGACAGUGGAACUUUUGAUGUUGUAGCCUUUGUCUCCUUAUGAUGAUGCCUCUGAAAUGAUGUGCAUUGCUGUCAAUAAUGUACAUACAUGUUGUUUCAAAAUGGCCUGUUGAGCAGUACUGAAAUAUCCCAGAGGCUCUACCUUCCCUUCAUUUCUUUUUCAUUUUAUUUAUUUAUUUUAUUUUAUUUUUUUGACUUGAACGCCCCAUCUUAAAAGGAUAUAAAAAAAAAGUAACUCCUGCAUCACAGGCUGUAUUAUAAAAACAAAACAAAGUAUUUCAAGGACCAAAAACCAAGCCUGACCAGGGCGGAUGAUGUGAAUAAUGCAUUUUUCUGCCUCUUAGUUGCCAGUUUUGCAUCAGCUUGAAUGCACCCUCCUCCAAAUCUAUUCACAUAACAUUGUUUUUCUGUUUGUUUGUUGUUGUUUUUUUUGGAAAAUCACACCUGUGCAUGACCAAAUAUUUUGAUUUGUGCCACUGUAAUCAGCCACACACUAAGAACACCUAAUGCCAUGCAGUAACUUUGUAGUCAAUUCAGUGUCAUUGUUGUUGUGUAUGCAUGACAGUGAAAAUACAUGAGGCCACGAGAAACUAGAAUUCACCAGAAGGUAUAAAAAUAGGUGCACAUGUGAAAUACUUAGAAAUAAAAAAAAAGGAUUUAGGAGCACAUGGGAUCAUUUUAAACACAGAUGUGAGAUGACACUGUGUAAUCUAUCUUUUGUUCAGGCGUUCAGGUACAGCAUCCAUAAUGUGAAAAUCUUGAUAAAAUAAACACGGCUCACCAGUCUAACUCUCACUUUCUAUUCAAUGUUUUUUUACAGACGUUGCAACUUUCCCAGUACAUGUAUUUUAUGCUUGUUAUUCUAUAAAGUGUUGCUCCAAAGAGUCAUAAACUGUUGAAGCAUCAACGUGGGAGUAUUUAUAUUGGACAUUCAUAUUGUGCUGCAUGUACAUACAGUAAAUACCCUGUUCUCAACAACUCUGAAUUAAAUAUUUCUAUA